CAAGCCGAUCAGCCCAAGCCCGUUGGGCAGGACACCAAGGUAGUUCGAUCGCACUCAUCUGCUUUUGGCAAGAGGCUCCCCCUUAGUUUCCUCCCUUCAUCGAUACACCCCCCCUAAUCGCAGCCGCCAUCCGUGCAGACCUCGUAAUUCUAGCACGCCGCCAGCUGCGUUGGCCGUCGGUACUGCAUAGUGCACUUAGGCCGAACGAGCCGGUGAUAACACAUACCUCAAAGUACACCAGCACCGACAAUGGCGACUGCCACAGAGCCAAUGUCUAUUCCCCUGCCUCCCGAUUCUUCUCGCACGGCAUCCCUUCCUCCGCUCCCCCUCUCCAAGGUACUCAGAGAAUCGUCUUUUAACAAAGAUCCGCAGCACCUGGCCUCGUGCGUAGCGUCCUCGGAUCAAUCCGCGCGAAACUCGAGUGUCAGUCCCGCGCGCGCGCAGAAAGCUCCCCUGGAAAACUCCCCGCAUUCGGUUCUCGACGCCGCCUCCUCCUCCCCCGGCUCCUCCUUCGUUCCGCGCGACAGCCGCGCGGGGCUCACCAGCGCUCCAGCGAGCACGAGCGCGCCUGCCGCCGCGGGUUCCGGCGUCACGGCCUCCCGGGGGGUGUCCGGCGUCCUCAGCACGGCGGAGCUGGGGAGAAACGAUGCGAGCACUCCGCCCACCAUGGCGAGCUUUCGCAGUUUAACCAACAGCAGCAUGGGGUUCGAAACCGGCAGCGGCAGCGGGCAGCUGACGGGCGCGAUGGUGGCGCAGAUCGAUGCGGAUGAUGACGAGGCGCUCGGGAAGUUCCUCGCCGCGCAAUCAGCGCGCAGCGCCCGGAACUACGUCCGCCGCGCUGCGUCCGCCGCGAGCGCCGCCGCGAGCCCGCUUAGGGGGGACGGCGGAGACGCGGUUGCGCGGGUCUCGAGUCUCGAGAGGCGGAUGGGGCGGUCGCCGGCGAGAAGCGCGGUAUCGGGGGAGAUUUCCGCCGCUUGCGCCUCCCCGCAACGUUUUCUCAGCCCCAUGGCGUCGCCCGCGCGAGAAAUGCAGCGUCGCAGCCGUCGCAUGAGCAUGGACAGUAACGCGGUUGACAUGCGACCGUUGGUGGAGGGGCUAGCGAGCGAGGAUGCGACUGUCGCGCGCACUGCUGCGGAAAGCAUCCGCGCAGCGCUGAAGGAAUCUGCGGAAAAUUGCGCGCGGCUGGUCGCGGCGGAAGGGGUGUCUCCGCUCGUGCGCGCGGUUCUGGCGGAAGACCGGGAGACUGCGGAGCACGCGAUGACGGCGGUGCUGUUUCUGGCGGUGACGCGGCCCGCGGCGGUGGCGGAGAUCACAUCCGCGGGAGGCCUGCGCAAUGUUCUCCGCGUGUUGGCACAACAACCUUGCGGAAGCGAGUUUCUCCGCAGCAACGCCGCCGCCGCGUUGUUUCCGCUCGCAAAUACCCCCGACGCGCAGAAAACUGCGCUGGCGGCGGGAGUUCUUCCCCCGCUGGUGGCGCUGCUGCGGGAGGCCUCGUGCGCGCGCACGAAAAAGGACACGUGUCUGGCGCUCGUCACGCUCGGGCGCGAAGCGGAGGGGGCUCGCGAAAUCGCUGCGACAGGUAUUGUUGCGCAAUUGAUCCAGCUGGUAGUGGAAGGGGAAGCGGGGGUGGAAGAAAUGGCUGCGGCGGUGCUGGGGGUGGUUGCGCGGGUGGCGGAGGGGCGGAAGGCCAUUCGCGCGGAAGAGGACGGUUUAUCCGCGUUAGUGGAGUGCUUGGAGGGGGGUGCGGGACGCGCUAAGGAACACGCGGCGUCUGGUCUGCUGCAUAUUGUUAAAUCAGAUCCUGACUCUGCUGCUGUUCUGCUAGGGGAGGGGUGUUUGCCCGCGUUAGUGGCGCUUUCCAAUAGCAACAGGCAGUGUAGCGAUGCGAGGGAGCUGUUGGAGCUGCUUCGGGCUGCGUGCAAUAAACGAUGAUGAUUAAAAGGAGGAUGAGAUGGGGAUUCGAGCAUUUACUGUACCCCAUACAUGCACAUGCGAUCAUGACUGCGUAUCCAUACAUGCUACAGAUCAUAAUUGCAUCAGCUUUUUUUUUUUUAUUGGGCCUGAAAUGAGGCUCUGCCAGGUAUACUGCAGCUCCCUCAAGCGAGACAAGUCAACCCUCUCAUAGACUACAUUGUUUCCUUGCAAUGCACUGCAGCUCUGAUCGAGUUGUCUUGUAUGGGGAACGGAAGCAGUUCGGGUUGCUGGCAGGAGGGGUUCGGUAUGGAGAGGGAGGAGUGGAUGGAGUGGACAGGCGAAGGCGAAGCAGAAGUAGGGAGUGCAUGGUUCGUUGAUUUAAUGAGGAAAAGGCAGUAACCUGGUGGCAGGCUUGGGGAAACUUGUUGUUUAUCGCGACGGGCCGAGAGAUGCAGAGGGGGGAGGAGAGGAAGCAGAGGGAAGCUGAGAGGAGCAGGGGCAAGCUGAACUGCUUAAAAGCUGGAAGCUAGACGAGUAGCUGCAAGCUUUGUGGUCUGUGCAUGCAUCCUGUCUCUGGUCGGGACUGUUCAGUGCCAGCCAGGCACUUGGGGUCAUCACAUGCGCCAUGCGCCAUGAGCCAUGAGUCAUCAUGAGUCAUGACCCAUGACUCAUGAGUCAUGCGCCAUGAGCCAUGAUCAGUGGCAAAUACACCAUCCCCUCGUUGCCUUGGAACGACCACCAGCUAAGCCAACCCUUGCUUCCAUCCACUCCUCAUCUGCCGCACCACCAGACAGGGUCGGUGCGGGCUAGGCAGUUAGCUUAGCACUGCACACACACGAUCAAGGAGCAGCGGAGCAGGCAGGAGAGCAAGGCGUGCAUGCGCGGGCAAUCAAGGAAGGAAGGUGCCCUUGGGAUUGAUCGGAAGUACUGAACCAAACCGUACGUACAUGCGUUGCCUGAGUUUCUUCCUCGAUGCUCCUCGAUAUUGUCUUUCAGCUUCACCCUAGGGUUGCUGGGGCCACCGUUUUAGCAUGGCAUGUUGGGAGGCAGGCUCGAUAGCAGCAUUUGGCCAUAUGUGUGUGUGGCCGUGUGUGUUGUGUUGUGGGUUGGGUAGGUGCAGGUGUCAACUUAUAUAUAUUAUUUAUACAUAGUUGUGUAGGCUUGGUAGGUUAGGUGUGCUACAGCACUGGAUCCUACUGUAGAGGGUACAACACCCUUGUAUUCCUCCCUCUUAGUCCAACCCUC